CAACCUCAUCUCUCGGGAUUCGCGCGCCGUACUUCCUUCACAGAUGAGCAGUCAGUUGGCCCACACCUCUCCGGCUUUGCAAUGUCAGUUGGAGCACAAAGGGAUCGUCCAUGUUGCAACGUUCAAUCAUGGUGCCCAGUACGUGCUAACCGGUGGGCAGGAUCGAACGAUUCGACUCUGGAAUGCUAAGACCGGAAAUUUCAUCAAAGACUACAGCGGUCAUGGGUAUGAGAUAUUAGGGAUCGCAGUCUCACCAAAUAAUUCGUUCCUUGGAAGUGUUGGUGGUGAUCGUUCGGUCUUCUAUUGGGACGUAUCAACCGGCGCCAUCCUGAGACGCUUUAGUGGUCACACUGGUGUGAUCAAUGCAUGUGCUUUCAAUUUCGACGGCAACUUGCUCAUCAGUGGAAGUUUCGAUGCUUCCGUGCGAGUUUGGGACAUCAAAUCUCAACAGCGCCAUCCAAUUCAAAUUUUUCAAGAUGCGAAGGACUCCAUCACUUCGAUCAUCGUAUCCGGGAGCGAAUUCAUCACUGGCUCGGUGGACGGCUAUGUUCGCUCAUACGAUAUCAGGAUGGGGCAAAUGAUGGAAGAUUAUUUUGAAGACCCUGUGACAUCGAUUCACUUGCUGAAGGACUCCAAAACGAUGGCCGUUUCUACGCUAAAUUCAACGAUCCGCCUCAUGGACCGUGAAAGAGGUGAAAUGCUACAAAAGUUUACCGGCCAUCGGGCUUUAAAUUAUCGAAGUCGCAUAAGCAUGAGCUAUGAUGAAGCUCAAGUGCUUGCUGGAGAUGAGGAUGGGCUACUAUGGGCAUGGGACCUUGAGAGUGGAAAGAAAAACGCAGGGAUGAGCUUUGAAGCCCAUCAGAAACACGUGACUUGGGUAGAAUGUCACCCAAAAACAAAUUGUUUCAUUACAGCAGCUGCAGAUGGCCUUACAAGGCUUUGGAACCUCGGAAAAUAAUAUUAAAAGUUCUUUUUUCUGCUGUGGUGAUUCCUAAUAAAUGCCCCAAGAAUCCCUCAAAGCGAGUG